UAGUCUGCUAUCUGACACGGUAAAGAUCCUAACUAAAUUCACAAUGACGUCCAAAGUAUUAUUGUCCUGCGUGGUUCUCGCAGUGUUGGCUACUACAGUUUUAGCAGAGGAUUCCAGGAAACUCGUCAGUUUCGCCCCGGAGGUGGCUAAAAAAUUGAAAGUCCUGAUUCAGGAGUGUUUGAAUGAAAACGGCUUGGGUGAAGACGCGAUAGAAGUAAUACGUGCCGGUGAAUAUAGAGAGGACGAACCAUUCCAGAACUUAGUUUAUUGCGCUUAUAAAAAAUUCGGAGCGCUCGAUGAAAAUAAUCGAAUCAUCAGUCAAGUUGCAGCUGCGUCUUUCCCGAAAGACAUAGACGUGGUCACUGUUAUCGAGAGCUGCGGAAAAGAAGAUGGAAAUACCCCAGUAGAGCAAGUGUUCAAAUACUUCAAGUGCUUCCAGAAAAACUCGCCUGUGCGCAUGCAACUGUAUUAGUAACAAAAUAAUUCUGCAACAUAAUAAAAUGUUUGACGU